AUGGAGGCUCGCCUAUGGGUACUGUGCGAUAAGAAAGUGUCGCCAAGGCUUAAAGGUAAGUUUUACAGAGUUGUGGUUCGACCAACACUUUUGUAUGGGGCAGAGUGUUGGCCAGUCAGGACUGCCCACGCUCAGAAGAUGAAUGUGGCAGAGAUGAGGAUGCUUAGAUGGAUGUGUGGGCAUACAAGGAGGGAUAUGAUUAGGAAUGAAGUUAUACGGGGUAAGGUUGGAGUGGCCCCUGUGGCGGACAAGAUCAGGGAAACGAGGCUGAGAUCGUUCGGUCAUGUGAAGAGGAGGUGCGAGGAUGUGCCAGUGAGGAGGUGUGAGAGAUUGGCUAUAGCAGGAGUUAGGACAGGUGUGAGAGAUUGGCUCUGCAGAUAA